AUGGGCCACAUCCUUGAGGCUGUAUCCGCUUUAUCAGAGGUAGGCGCAGGCAUCCAGAUUCCACCAAACAGCUCCCGAGUUCUCGAGGCAUAUGGCCUUACUUCCAAGUUCCUUGAAAAGAUCGUAUGGCCUCGGGGGUUUGCGUUUCGCAGAUACGCCACUGGAGACAUCUUGGGGACCACGCCGUUGCAUCCUCAACUCUCAGAGGCCUACGGGUUCCCGUAUUGGUUGAUUCACCGGGCCGACUUCCAGUCCAUCCUGUUUCAUGCCGCCAAGGAAGCUGGCGUCGACGUCAAACUCGCGUCUCCUGUACAUUCCGUUGACGUUGACCUACCAAGCAUAACGCUUCUCACCGGCGAGACUCUGACGGCGGACCUCAUCGUAGGGGCGGAUGGAAUCCGGUCCAAGACACGGGCUGCACUUCUAGGCGAUAGCAACGUGCAGCCUAAUGACGCUGCAAACUGUUCUUACCGUGCCACUGUGCCCGCUGGAGCCAUGAAUGCGGAUCCCCAAGUCUCGCACCUCAUGACAGAUGUCAACGCGAACUGUUGGAUUGGACCUAACCAUCACAUCAUGGCCUACCCGAUCCGCCAAGGGGCCAUGUACAACAUGGUGCUCUCCCAUCCAGGCGGUGUCGCUGCCGCCGGGAAAUGGAACGAACCUGGGAACCUGCAAGAGAUGCAGCAGCAUUACAAGGACUUUGAUCCAGUUAUUCGAAAGGUGGUUGGAAAAGUUACAAGCUGUCUCAAUUGGAAGAUUGCAGACCUUCCUGAGCUGCCAACCUGGACGAAUGAGAGAGUUGUCCUCUUGGGAGACGCAGCCCACGCAAUGAGUCUCUCGUAUCUUCCAGAAUACCUUGAAGCUUACGAAAAGAUUCGCAAGCCUCGUGCAGAACGCGUCCAGAAGGGAACCAGGGAUAGCAGCUUGAUCUGGCAUAUGCACGAUGGCCCGGAACAGGAGGCUCGGGACAAGGCAUUCUCCUACAUGGACUUGGAUACCAGGGAUGAAGAGUUUGAGGAGGAACUCGAAAAUGCGAACCCAAAUAGUUUGAGUGGUAAGAUGUUUCAGCAAUGGCUGUUUGGGUAUGAUGUUUUUUCAGCGACCAAUUCUGUACUGGAUCAGAUGAGUCCUAACACGCAGAGCAAGAUUUAG